AUGGACUACCUAUUGGAUAGGUAUGUUUUCGAUUUUAUGCCAUUCGAUGUGUCAGGCGAGACAAGAAAGGCCAUUGGACAGAGAGCUUUAUCUGUUGUAAUGUGGGCUGAUUGGCUUUGCAAGUAUCAAGAUCCCUUCAAGAUUUUCGAAAACCAUACUUCGUUUCUGCUUGGUGAACUCUUGUUCUUCAUCCUUUGCGGGUUGACGUUCAUGCAUGCUUAUCGUCAUGGAAAUCGUUAUAUGUUCGUUUGGAUUGGAAUUUUGAUUCAUGCUUUGAAUGUUGAGAACUUAUGCUAUUGGAUUCCUGACAUGGAUAACUUCUGGCAAGCACAGGGCAUUUUAACUCUAUUCGGUAUGAGAGCACCUCUUUAUAUCAUUCUGGGCAUUUACCAUAUGUUUGAUUACACCGCAUAUGUGAUGGUUAGCAGACUCCGUCUCCCCUGGUGGGCCGAAGGACCUGCAGUGGGGUUAUGCGCUGUGAUGUUAGAUAUGCCUUAUGAUAUAAUGGGUAUUAAAGAAGUUUGGUGGACUUGGCACGAUACCGAUCCCAAUAUUUACGAUAGAAUGUAUUGGGUACCAUGGAACUCAUACUACUUCCAUGCAUCUUUCGCUUGCUCAUUCGUAUGGAUUCUCAAUGCUUCAAGAUAUUACUUGGUUGAUGUUGAAUAUGAUUGGAAAAAGUUCCCAAGAGAACUUCUCUGCUCUUUCUUGGCAGGAAUGGGUGCUUUCUGGUUAGGAACUAUCCAGUUUGCCGUUCUCUAUCAUCCCCUUCAUGACAUGUUCGGAGUUCACACGGAAAUCACAACUAUACUCUUCUUGGCUACUUACAUCGUGAUCGUGAUCACCGCCGAUAGAAGAAAUAAUAAUCCUGCAGCCCGAACUGGUAACAAGUAUUGGUUUGAUGAGCUCGCGUGUGCUAUUGCCCUUGAGUACCUGUUCUUCAUGAUUCUCGUAGUCAUCGGAAACCCUGUUAAUGUUGUCAGCGAAGGAUUGCAUCAAACUAUCGGAAACUGUAACGACUUACAACAAGUACAUACGCCUACCGGAAUGAUUCUUCAAAAGAAAAAGUAUUUAUGUAUUAACAACUAUGAUGAGAAGUACUUUGACUUCCAUUGCUUGCCCGGAGGCGCCGUGAAAAUGCCUGAAGAUGGAAGCCCUCUGGAAUGGUAUGCUAUCUGUGGAACACAAUAUAAAAACAGAGCUGAAUACAUAGCCAUCAUAUGGGGAAUCUGUAUCUUGUAUGGUUUCAUCUUCUAUCAAAUUGCUGCUAAAUCCGGAACAACUCCUAUUGUUCCUGUGAAGAGAUAUCAGAAAGUUACUGUGGUUAGAGACAAGAUCAACUCUCCAGAGACUAGCCGCAGCACUCCUUCCAAGAAGGCAUCUUCAACUACGCCUGAUAAGAAAAAGACAUUGACAACCCCUCCCAUUCCCCGUAGGAUUUUUUCUGAGCCUCAAUCGCACAAGGAGUUUGUAGCUCCUUCAAUUCCCAAAUACAUGACUCCCCGUGCUUCUUCGAUGAUCCCGGAGACCCCAAGUAGAACAUUGCGUGAGAGAAGAAAAAUUUCUUACAAAGAAUAG